UUUUUUUUACUUCUGCAGAGUACUUGCUUACAUUUGGAGACCAACUGAAGCCCCUGAGGGUAUACAGCCAACAAAUGGAGAUGCAGGAAUAUCCUUACCCUGGGAGCACUCUACAGCUCUCCCGCAGGUCCCUUCGCCAAGAGCGGUCCAAACCAGAACUCAGGAAGAUUACCUUGCAUCAUCGGAUCCGUGAAGAUGAAAAUCCUCACGCCAAGGAAAUAAAAGAGUUUGACUGCAGAAUUUCCCUUGCCAAUGAAUCAAAAGAAAACCUCUUGACGGAUCAAGAGAUUGAAGUCUACAAGAAGCUUCUCAGAAAAGCUCGAGAGUAUGAGCUGCAGAGGCAUGAUGUCAUACUUUGCACCUGCACUGCAGCGUCCUCCCCUACACUGACGAGAAAAGUCAGUGCACGUUACAUCCUUAUUGAUGAAUGUGCUAUGGCCACUGAACCCCAGGCUCUCAUCCCUCUAGUCUGCAACCAACCAGAAAAGAUUGUGCUGCUUGGUGACCACAAACAGCUCCGACCCAUUGUUCAUCAUGAACGUGUGAAGAAGAUGGGGAUGUCAAUAUCCCUGUUUGAACGCUAUAUUAAGGUCUUUAAGAAACGGACUGUAAUGCUAAAUACCCAGUAUCGGAUGCAUGAAGAUAUCUGCAAGUUUCCAUCAAAGGCCUAUUAUGAUGGACUUUUACAAACAAAAGUGGAUUGUCGAGACAGUGUUCUUUGUGCUAACCUCAAGCCAACCCCAAUUGUUUUUGGUGACAUUAGAGGUGAAGAGAUUAGUUUGGUUGUGAGCACAGCGAAGGGAAAUGAAAAUUCAAAAGCAAAUAGAGAAGAAAGAGAUCUUGCGGUUAACAUUGCUCAACAACUGGUUGAAAAAGGCAAGAUUGAUCAACAAAGUAUAGCAAUUCUAUCUCCCUACAAUGCCCAGGUGUCUGAAAUUAGAAAAGACCUCAGUGAAAAAAAGAUGGGUGAAGUCACUGUCACUACCAUCACAAAAAGCCAAGGAAGUGAAUGGCGCUACAUCAUUCUAUCAACUGUGCGCUCACUGGCCAGUGAGGAGAUUGAGAAAGAGCCUGAUAGGGCAUGGCUGUCCAAACAUAUUGGCUUUGUUGGAGAUCCCAACCAAAUCAAUGUAGCCAUCACCAGGGCCAAAGAAGGACUGUGUAUCAUUGGUAACCAAGAGUUGUUAAACUGCAGUGGAGCUUGGAGACAACUCCUCGAGCACUAUAAGGCAAACGGCUGUGUCACAAUGGCUAACAAGAUUGAUGUACAGUCAGUGGUUAAGAAGCCUUCAAUCAGAGUCUUCUGACAUAACCGUUAAAGCAACACAUUUUUCUACUUUUUAUUAUUAUACAAUAAAUUAUACUUUUUUUGUGUGCGCUCUGUAAAAUUGACCUUAAAAUGAAUUGAUAUUGUAUCCAAUUCAAAUCUAAUGUUAGCUUAAAACUACUUUUUUUGUGUCUGUAAGAAUAGCAUUAGUGGAUGGGUUGAAGCCCCAAUCUGGCAUUUUAUAAUAAUUGAAUGCCGAGGCUUCAGGCAAACUACAUGUGUAACUAGUAACUAGUUUUAAUUAAGAAAUAUACAACAAUAUGUAAAUAAACAGUGAGCAUACAUAUUUAGAAGAAACCGUUCUUUCACUGAACCACAACCUGGAAUAAUUUAGGUGACCAUGGCACAGUGUGUUUCAUUCUUGUAAAGAAGAGAACAUUGCGAUCAUCACUUGCAGGCCUAUUAGAGGUCACCAGAAGCAUUCAUAAGAAGAUUAGUGAUGCGGCCUUUGUCAAUUAUGCCCCAAAACUAUGGAACACAUUACCCAUAAAUAUUAGGGAAGCAAACACACUAGACAUUUUCAAAAAACAGCUUGGAACCUAUCUUUUUAACAAAGCAUUUAAACAAUUUUAUCUCAGAAGGGUUUUAUUAGUUGUAUUAUUGUUUUAUAGAUUUUUGGGAUUCCCGCAAAGACUGCGGCUUGUGUUUUGUAGAGUUACUUU